CAUAAACCUUCCUCUUAAUACAAUCAAUCAUCACUAAAUCAAAAAUCAAAAACACGAUAAUGAAUACUUUCAAAACCCUACCACUCCUAAUUGUUGCGGUUAGCUUUCUGGUUAUCGCAUCCAACGCUCAAAACACUGCGCAAGACUACCUAAACGCUCACAACACCGCCCGUUCGCAGGUUCAAGUAGCGAACGUCGUGUGGGACGCAGCGGUCGCAGCCUACGCACAAAAUUACGCAAACGCUAGGAAAUCCGACUGCAACCUAGUGCACUCGGACGGACCGUAUGGAGAAAACCUAGCCAAGGGAAGUAAUGGCACGUUCACGGGCAUAUCGGCCGUGAAUCUUUGGGUCAAAGAGAAACCUUACUACAACUACACUACCAAUUCUUGCACAGGUGGACAAUGCUUGCAUUACACACAAGUGGUGUGGAGAAAUUCAGUGAAAAUAGGGUGUGCCAGGGUUCAAUGCACCAAUAGUCUUUGGUGGUUCGUGACUUGUAACUAUGACGAACCCGGCAAUUACAUCGGAGAGUACCCUUACUGAUUUUGAUCACUUAAUAUAAAUUACAAUAAGAAUAAAUGAUAAUUAUGAAUAAGACGUAAAAAAAAAGUCAUGAACUGAUCUAAUUAAAAUUGCUGUUUCUUAAACAAUUAAGUCUCGUUUAAUCUCAAGAUGUAAUAAUUUAUGGUUUUCCCAUAAAGAGGAGUGUUGCCUUCUUUUACAAUUCAUUAAUCAAAUAUAUUUUGUUCUUCCUUUUUUGUUCUGUUUAUGUAGGGAGAAAGUUUGUUCUGCUCAUAAAAUACUAUACACAUAUUUAUU